AUGGCCGCCUAUCCCAAAGUGGUCGCGUUCGAUCUGGACUAUACGCUGUGGCCGUACUGGGUCGACACGCACAUUGACCCGCCCUUGAAGCGCAGGAAUGAUGCGCUGAACCAGGUCGUGGACCGCAGCGGCCAGAAACUCUCCUUUUUCCCCCACGUCCCGUCGAUCCUUUUGGAGCUGCGCGAAAAAGGCGUGCACAUUGCCGCCGCGUCGCGCACCUGUGCGCCGACGGUCGCGCGCCAGGCGCUGCGUGAGCUGAUGCUCGAUACCGGAAAGACGACCUCCUCGAAAAGCCCGCGGCAAACGGGCCGCGCGUCGCAGGCGCAGUCGGUUGCCAAGGCCAUUACCCUCUUUGACCAGCUCGAGAUAUAUCCCGGCUCCAAGGUCGAGCACUUUCGCAAGAUUGCACAGGAAUCCGGUGUGGACUAUGGCGAUAUGAUCUUCUUUGACGACGAGAGCCGCAACGCCGAAGUACAGCGCAAGCUCGGUGUGCACUUUGUCCUAGUCGGCCACCAAGGCCUGGACCGUGCGACGUUCGAGCGGGGAAUCCAAGAGUGGCGCGCCAAACGCCAGGCCUAG